GGGUUUUGAAGGCGGCAGGGUUUUCCCUCGGGAUUUCUCUCUGGCAUAGAAGCCCCUUCUUUCUUCUCUAUUGAUUGUCUUUCUCCUCACGCUUGCCCUUCCCUUAUGUCUUCAUGUUUUUCCUCUCAAUUUUGACUCAUUUUGUUCAAGUCUAGGGAGUGCUCUCAGAUCUGGGUUCAGAUUUGUGACUUAGAGUGUUGCGACGGUUGUGAACGGUUUUGGGUGGGUUAUGGCAGAAUAAAGGGGUGAGGUUUGGUAGUUCCAUUAGUGAUUUGGGGAUGGAAAGUGGUGAAAUUGAAACAUUCCUCAAUCGGGUUCACCUUAUAGAGGAUGAAGAUGGCUUUCUUCCCUUGCUAUCAAUCUGGAAACUAGAUGAUUCUUGGUCAGAAAAGCUGCAGUUGGUGGGAAAGUUUUUUUUUCCAAGAAAAGGAUUCAUACGGGGGCGACUGGUGUUAAGGAUACAUUGAUGGACCCUUUCCCUCCACCUGCCAGUUAAGUGUCCCUCUGGAUGGACAGAGUAUUAUAAUGCUGGGAGACACUACAUUGCCAAGUCCAUUGAUCUUUUAUGCUAGGUUGAGUGGUACAAUAGAUGUGAUUGUUAGUAACGUCAAAAAGCUCCGGUGCAUUCUUUUUAUAUCAUUACAUAGCUCUAUUAUAUCCCUUUGACAUCUAUUGAUAUGUAGAGGUUCCCAGUUCCUAAUUGUCUUAUUUGUAUGGAGCACUUAGCUCUAUAUGUUAGUGUCAUAGGUCUUUCCUAGCUUCUCUUUUUUUUUUUCUUUUUUCUUUUUUCUUUUUUCUAGAUUAGCCUAUAUGGCGAGGAAUAAUUUGCAUUGUAAUUU